AUUUCAUUGACGCGAUCGCCCGCUUUUCCUCGACUAAUCUUAUCCCUCAACUGUGGCCUCUCGUCCACCCCUACAGUAUCUGAUUCUACGCGGCUGCGAAAGGAGCUCGUCCGAUGCCUUACAAGCUAUCAGCCACACUAUCAGCUCAUUCGUCAGAUGUUCGUGCAGUAGCUUCGCCAACAGAAAGUAUCAUCCUUUCAGCAUCGCGUGACUCCACCGCGAUCUCCUGGAAACGACCAUCGCCAACUGUCCCCUUCAUUCCUUCAUCUAUUCUGCGAGCUGGGUCAAAAUUCGUCAAUGCUGUACAAUAUCUCUCUCCGUCGCCUGAAGCGCCGCAAGGAUACGCUGUUGUUGGGGGACAGGAUACCGUCGUCAAUAUUUUUGCCCUAGGUCCAGCACAGAAAGAGGAUCCUGAAUAUUCGCUGGUGGGACACACCGAUAAUGUCUGUGCUCUUGGUAUCAGCCAAUCUGGCACCAUCAUCUCUGGCUCAUGGGACAAAACCGCCAAAGUCUGGAAACAAUUCCAGCUAGCGUAUGAUUUGAAGGGGCAUCAGCAAGCAGUUUGGGGAGUUAUUGCCAUUGACGACGAACAAUUCUUGACCGCUUCGGCGGAUAAAACCAUCAAAUACUGGGUUCAACACAAGAUGAUGCGGACUUAUGAGGGGCAUAAGGACGCGGUUCGUGGCUUGACCCUAAUACCUGACAUAGGCUUUGCCUCAUGUUCCAACGAUAGUGAGAUCAGGGUGUGGACGAUGCAGGGCGAUGUGGUUCAUACGCUAUCUGGACACACCUCGUUUGUGUACAGUCUGUCCGUUCUUCCUAAUGGAGGAAUAGUAUCGGGCGGUGAAGAUCGUUCUGUGAGGGUGUGGCGAGACGGUGAAUGUGUACAAAUGAUCAUCCAUCCUGCGAUAUCUGUUUGGGCUGUAUCCACGAUGCCCAAUGGAGAUAUUGUCAGUGGCUGUAGCGACGGUAUCGUUCGAGUGUUCAGCGAAUCUGAAGAUCGUUGGGCCAGCGCGGCGGAGCUGAAGGCAUUCGAAGAUCAUAUCGCAAGCCAGACUAUUUCGUCGCAGCAAGUGGGUGACGUCAAGAAAACCGAUCUUCCUGGUCCAGACGCAUUGCUUCAUCCAGGUAAGAAACCUGGAGAAGUGAAAAUGAUAAGAAACGGUGACCUUGUUGAGGCGCAUCAGUGGGAUAAUGCAACGUCAAACUGGCAGAAGGUCGGCGAUGUCGUGGACGCCGUCGGCUCUGGAAGGAAGCAGCUUUUCGAUGGCAAGGAGUAUGACUACGUGUUUGACGUCGAUGUGCAGGAAGGCGCACCACCAUUGAAACUCCCAUUCAAUGUGUCCGAGAAUCCAUAUGCGGCUGCUCAACGCUUUCUGGAACAGAAUGAUCUGUCAUUGAACUACAUCGACGAAGUUGUCAAGUUCAUAGAGAAGAAUAUUGCGGGUGUCAAUUUAGGCGCCAGCAAUGAAUACGUUGACCCGUACACCGGAGCAUCAAGAUAUCAGACUGCCGCUACCUCAGCAGCGCCAGCCCCGUCCACGGCUUAUAUGGAUCCUUUUACGGGUGCAGCUCGGUACAGUGGCGCCCCUGUCCCUACACCCCCAGUUCCUUCGGUGUCACCUUCAGCUCCGAAAAUCAUACCCUAUCCCAAGUUUGUCUCUUUCAAACAAGCUAAUGUAUCAGCAAUGCAAACCAAGUUGUACCAAUUUGACGAAGCACUACGCAACGAAAUUUCCACUGCAACCCUUGCAAUGUACCCCGAAGAGUUGGAGAUCGUUGAGGAAGCUUUCACUUAUCUUUCUCAAGUCACUUCGACACCUUCUCAAGUGUCUCUUCCACCCCUCGGUGGCACCCACGCAGAAGCUAUCAUACAGAUUCUAGAGCGAUGGCCGGCGUCCCAGCGAUUCCCUAUGAUGGAUCUAAGCAGAUUGGUAGCUGCAUAUUGCGCAGAUGCUUCUGCAGUCCCCGGUGGACGAGAACGAUUUCUCGCAUCCCUAUUCAAGGCAUCUGAUUGGACUGAAGUCCGAUCACAUGGGAAAGCUAUGUCGAAGGCUCAAGAAACCAAUAUUCUGCUAUUAUUCCGCACGGUAGCUAAUUGUUUCCAAGAGGGAACUCCUGUGAACGAAGGGCAGUGGGUCGCACAGGUUUUCGAAGCGCUCAGUCAUGCACCUUACGCACUUCUGACGAAGGUUCAGCGCGUAGCUUUGGCGACCAUCCUUUUCAAUUUCUCUUGUGCCUACUUGACAACAUCCGUCGCUAGAGAUGUGGUGAACCAACAUACUGGAUUAGCCCUUCAGUUGCUACGUUCAAAUACAGAUGAUGCAGAGGUUACCUAUCGCACCCUGGUUGCAUUGGGGAACGUGAUCUAUGCUGGGAAUACGCGCGGCAUUUCGUUAGAUUCUGCCCAAUCUGCGGAAUUGCAAACAGUAAUGUCAGCUCUCCCAGCAUUCCCUGACGAUAGAAUCAGGAAUGUGGUCGACGAAAUCAGGACACUGCUAUGAUGAACUCACUUUCCUUGGGUAUACUUGAUGGACACAUUACCUGCAGAUACACCUCCUCGCGUGACUCAGGAGUCUAGACAUCUUGGCAUGGAAUGGAUAACUGGUUUUGGGGCGAGUUGUGGAGGUUUAUGGACUAAAUACAUGGUGUCCAGUGCACUUUUGCCUUCGUUGUACAAAGGUAGUCAACUAAUCAGCAUUGAAUCAGCACUUACAAAGUGACCGGACCUAAUAAUAGCCUAAGUCCUCAGUCA